CCUGGCACCAAAAUAGGGAACCGGAUAAAGCGCGUGAUGUGGAUAACGCCUUCUUCAAGCAAACGCACCAAUGCUUAUCCUCACCAUUCCUCUCCUCUUAUAGCCUUCCCUUUGUGCAUGCCUCCAAAACAAUCUCCUCUCCUCUCCAUGCAUGUUAUAUAUGGGAAUCAUAUGAAGCUAUAGCGUUGUUGUUCGUUUGCUUUUCACCUUAGUUGGAACCUCUUUCGAUCCAAAAGCUUGGGAUGGUUUCUGAGGCUUAGGCGUAUGGUUGGUUGGAGGCUGGGCUGUAGACAUAAAUUAAGAGAAUUAGGAGGACGUCUCGAUGAGAAUGGAUACUUCUUUGAUCCCACAAAACAACCAUGGGACCAUGGUUGAGGAGGAGGAACUUGGGUCCACGUCUUCUUCCUCGGAUAACUUUUUGGGGUCAUCGGACUCUUUGGAUGAUGCAACCUCUUCUACUUCUUCCUCAUCACUGUCGAAUAAGGACGACCAAUUUGAAGAUGGACCUCUGUAUGAGAUGUCUUCCCUCAUAGCCCAACUUCCCUUCAAGAGAGGGCUGUCAAAGUUUUAUAAUGGGAAAUCUCAGUCAUUCACAUCUUUAUCCAAUGUGAGGAGCUUGGAGGAUCUUGCCAAGCCAGAGAGGCUGUACAGGAAAAAAGCCAAGCUAUCCAAGAGCUAUGGAGGGGGCUUGGACGGUCGGAAAUCACUGUCCCCCUAUGGGCGUUCCAAAACCAUCACAAAGAAGGUUUCAAGGGGUCCCUCGUUUUCACCGAGUGCAGGGAGUAGGCCCCCCAUUCCCCCACAGAAAUCUAGCAACUUUUUCUAGCCAUACCCUUCUGUUUGCCUGAAGGUGUUUCAAGUGAUGGAUGCAGAUUAGAAACUAAUCAUGUUUUUGGUUAAAGUGUCUAGGAGAUCUAGCGGUCUAAUUUUGUUAUUAUAGAACUUGUUCAUAUAUGUUUAUAAAUGUUGCGAGAGCAGUGUUUUCUUAUUAGCUAAUACACACAAUUGUGCAGUUUUUAUUA